AUGAAAAAGAAUUCUCGUCAAUCAUCACUAGACCAAACCUUAAAGCCAAUAAAAUACAGUAGAAAAGUUCCAAUAAUUUUGCUUGGGCUCCUGCUAUUCAUUUAUGUUGUCCUAGUCACCAUAUCGUCAUCUGAUCAAUAUUUAACAUUUAACUUCAAAGGUCUUAUUGAUCAGAAGGAUAAUCAAACAGCGACAGAACUUAAUCAUUCAUCAGAGUCUAUCAAACUCACAGGUUCAUCAGAAUCAUCAGAAUCACACCUAAAAGAAGCUGAAGUAAAAUUCAAAAAAUUAUUUGAGAAUUUUGAUGAAAAAUCGAUAGUUGGUGCCAAAAUUGAGCCUAGUUCACAGAUUCAAUCUAAUUUAAAUACGCAACCUAGCACUACCAGUAAUUCCACUAAAAAAUGCCCGAAACUCAACAAACCAACAGACUUAAACAUCAUAGACAUCUACUGGCAAGUCACAAGCACAUCAAAUGGAACUUUUUAUCUCUACAAUGCUUACUAUGAUGACCGGAUAUCCCUAAUGGGUCCACCAGUUGUAAGAAUCCUAGGAUUUAUCGACGUCCUGUUCCCAAAAGUCAAAACUUUUUGUCAAUUUUGGUACGCAAACCUAGUAGAGCCAGUAAUCACUGAGGUUUAUGAGUACAGAUACAUUUGGUACCUAGGAUGGGGUGAGAAUAAGAAAGGUGCCACACCAUACUUGAUAUCAUGUCUUAGUCCACUCCCAGAAGCUCCAAAAUAUGUCUCAAUAGUUGAGCAUAAAUGUGAUCAGGCUAAUAAUCUGUUGGAAGUGAAAAAUAAGCGUCCAAAAAUUAAGGAAAAAUUCAUCGUGAGCGUCAAGAAGCUUGACUAUGUUCAGGAUAUAUCCAUGCAGAUCAUUGAAUGGUGUGAAAUAAUUAAAAUUUUGGGAGCUAAUAAAGUUGAAUUUUCGGUCCUUAAUGUCCAUAAUAAUGUAAUGGAUGUCUUGAGGUUCUACGAGGCUGAAGGAUUUGCAAAUGUUAAGCUUAUAAAAUAUCCAAGUAGCUUGCCUGAAAAAGACAAUUGGCAUCAGAGGAUGCAGAAUGAGUUGAUUGCUUAUCAUGACACAUUUUAUGAGAAUUUAUACAGCUAUGAUUUCGUACUUCCAAUGGACACAGAUGAGUUUAUCAUUCCAUUAAGACCUGAAGACAAUAAUUGGGCAGACCUGCUGAAUCGUACAGCAUGGAAGGCUUUAGAACAACACAAAUUUGCUGACAGCUUUCAAGUUGACAAUCAUUACUUCCUGCUCAAAACUCCGUUUAAUAACUUUACAUCCAUACCUGGAAUUCCACAAAAUCUUUACUUCCUUUCAAAUAUUUUUAGAGCUGCAAACUUUACACCAAAUGGUGGCAAUGCCAAAACAUUCUUAAGAACGGAUCGAGUGCUGACAAUCCACAAUCACUUUCCAUUCUCAUGUAUCGAUAACAGCAACAAGAAUUGGUGUGAAAAUUUCAAGGUUGCCAGAGAAGAUGGACAGUUGUCACAUUAUAGACAUGAAUGCUCAACUGAUGAGUGUAAGGAAUCAUUGCUACAUCCAGUUGGGGACACGACUUUGUAUAAAUAUAAGGAUCAAAUUAUAAUUGGUAUGGGAGAAGCUAUAAGAAAGCUCAAAAUCUUUACAAAUGGAAAAAUUAAUUUGAAUUUAGGUUAG